ACUCAUAUCAUAUCUACUAACAAAUCCACUAAAAUAGGUCGUCAAUUGUCUGAAACGGUUGGCCAAAACCAACAACAUAUGCAUCAUAACUACUAUACAUCAGCCGAACACCGAUAUCGUAAACAUGUGCGACCAGCUCUAUCUGCUGGCCAAAGGUGGCCACUGUAUAUAUUGGGGACCGCAUCGGGAUCUAUGGCAACAUAUGGCCGACUGUCAGAUCGUUAUCGGCAAUACCGCAGCUGCCGUUUCAGCCGUUGAUGGUCGCCAUCGACAAGUGCUACCCAUAGAUACGGUUAUCAAUAUCGGAUCGAUGGGUACCAAAGAUGCCGAUGUUCAACGUCUAAUCAAUCGUAUGGACGAAAUAGUUACUGAACGGCUCCGGGAUGUCGACUCAUUGUUGACUCAAACCAUAGCACAACGACAGCGAAAACGAUUUUCUCUACGUCAGUGUCUAAUACUGAUAGGCCGGACCCUUAGCGAAAUAUAUGCCGGCAAUUGGCAACAGUUGGCCAUACAUUUGGCACUCAUGAUACUGUCGGCGCUAAUAUUUCCGUUAACCUUUCCGACGGAUGUCGGAGCCAGUAGUGAUUGUUUACAGUUUGGCGGCGGAGGAGGCGGUCAACAACAACAACAACAUACUGGCCGGUCGUGUUUCGAUCAGGUGGUCAACAAUGAUGUUAACUUUUUCAACUUUUCGCUUAUCGGUAUCUAUGUGUUUAUACAUAAUCUACUACAGGGUGUCAUAUCGGUUGCCCGAUUUGAUCCCAGAUUACGGCGAUUUCAAUUUGAACACCAAAACGCAUGGUAUAGCACCGGUACGUUUUUGCUAACCGAGUCCAUCAUAAGCUUUGUACUGAUCACUAUAAAUACAACCAUCAGUACGUCGUUAGUCUAUUAUACUACUGGCCAACCCCGUGAAUCGGGUCGCUAUUGGCCGUUUCUGUACGGUUCGGUAAUGUUUGCCCAGUGUACCGAUGUAAUGGCCAAUCUGGUUAGCCUACUGUUGCUAUCCAAUCGACCAUUGAGCUACAUGUCCGUCAAUUGUCUAAUGAUUAUGACAACUAUAUUUUCCAAUAUGUUUAUCCGAUUGGACGAUAUUGGACGGGUAGGCCAAUGGAUGGGCAAUCUAUAUCCGGGCCGAUUUGCGUCAAGUAUAUUACUGAUGGCAAUAUACGGCCAAAAUCGGUGCCCUGAGCCCAGUGUUAGCAAUUUACUGUACACAUACAAUCUCAAUGAUCCCCGACUAUUGGUCGAGUAUUGUCUAAAUAUGGUCAAACUGUUUGUCGGCUAUAGAAUCGGUUGUCUAGUGGUAGCGCUUAUCCUAAAUAAUCCAUGGGUUUGGCAAUCGAUGGUUAAACUGAUUUGUUGUCAAAAAGGAGUCGGCGAUAGUAAUCAUAGAAAAACAGUUAGUAGUAGUAGUGAUACAAUAGAAAUGUCAACACUGGCGGCGGCGGCACCAGGAGGUGGAGGAGGAGGAGGGACUGUUGUCUCCAACAACAGUGACAGCAAAUCAAUAUACUAUGAUUGCUAUGAAACGGUAGACGAAUUGUAUACGAGUGCCGCCGAUCUAAUUGAGUAUAAUCUUAACAAACAAUUCAAUGAUGAGGACAAUGAGGAACGGUAUCAACAAAUAGCAGUUAUUACUACUACUACUACUACUACUGUUGCCGAUGAUAAUCAUUGUCCUGAUAUCAGAUCCCUGUGUAUCGGUUGGUCUGAACUGACCAUACGUUUGGACAAAACUUUUUGUUCGCCAGAGAAACUCAUACUGAGAUCGGUUAGCGGAUGUGUCGAGUUUGGGACACUGACGGCACUGAUGGGACCGUCCGGUGCCGGCAAAACAUCGCUGUUGUUGGCAUUGAACGGCCGCUACCAGGAGCUGAUGACCCGGGAGUCGAUGGUCUAUAUGAGCCCGAAUCGUCGGGUACGCCGAUGUUUCAUUGGUCAGGAUCAACGGGAACACCUGAUGACCGGUUUGACUGUACGCCAGUCGAUAGUCUAUGCGUCCAAAUUGAAAAACAGUUCGGCCGUUAGCGGCGAUAGACUACUCGUCCACCACUCACACGAGUCGAUAGCCAGAAAACUGAUGCAGGAGUUGGCACUGACCGACUUGAGGGACAUCGAUGUCAGCAAAUGUAGUUCAGGUCAACAAAAACGUGUGGUAAUGGCCAUGGAGUUGACUGCCCGACGGAAACCGAAUCUGAUUUGUGUCGACGAACCCACUUCGGGAGUGGACAGCUAUUCCGCUCAGUUGAUGAUCAAAUGUUUCCGACGACUGGCCAAACGUCAUCGCUUAUCGAUCAUAACGUCCAUACAUCAGCCGAAUAUGGAUAUCAUUGAACUGUACGAUCAGCUCUACAUACUGGCCAAAGGCGGUAUAACCGUUUACUCGGGUCGGGCAUCGGGUAUUGGCGAACAUUUACACCGUUGUAUGAUUGACUACUGUCCACAUAGUCAGAUAGCUUUGGAAGUUAUUGUCAGGCAAGCAGCUAACGGUCCCAAUGAUGGGCAGGUGCUUGAAAUGCAACGACAAACCCAACAACAACAGUUCAGGGCAUACACUGCUACUACUACUACUACCUGUGCCAACAUAACCACCACUACUACUACUACUACAAAGCAUUUUAGUUUCCAAGAGUUUUACCAAUUGUUGGCCCGUUAUCUCCUAUACAAUGGACAGUAUGGUUGGCGUCUACAUCUAUGCUACUUUAACAUACUAAUUGGUUUGACAUUGUUUACACGUAUUAUAUUUUCGCUGGAUUUGGAAGCAUCGGACAGUUGUGUCGAUAUUACAGCCAAUCAGAGUAGUCUGAUUUGUUUGCAUACACCGACUACCCUCCGGUUGACGACAUUAUUGAUCUAUAAUUAUAAUUACUUGAGAUUUAUAGCAAUGAUUUGCAAUAUUAUCCAAUUGGUUGUUACAUCGAUAACAUUUUCCAGUGAUUUUAGGCUAUUCCUCAAUGAAAACCGUAAUAACUGGUACAGUACUGAAUCCUACUAUCUGGUCAAACAGCUUAUGGAUAUUGUACCGGCAUUGGCCACCACAGUAUCGGUAGUGUUUAUUGUCGACAUUUACGUUAACCGAUCGAUGACCUGGUCGCUAGCCGUAUCGCUAACCUUGUCUACCCUAUCAUUCCAGAGUAUGGGCCAUAUUGUCGGCAUACUGUUCCCCACCAAUGCAACUGUUGUCAGUAUAAUGAUAAUACCUAUACUGACGUUAACAAGCAAUACGAUAGCGCCCACCGCAUCCUAUAAUCAAUUUAUUAAACAGUUAUCAAAUUUAUCAGUAAUUAAACAAUCGCUAACCUAUUUGCUGAUAGCUAUGUACGGUUUUGAUAGGUGUCCCCAGGGUAGUCAUAUAUCGUCAAUGCUGUACAGAUAUAGUCUAACCGAUGGGGACUACAGGCGCGAUCGGCAUCUAUUGAUCGUACAGUUAGUCAUCUAUAAAUUGUUAACAUAUAUACUAUUGAAAUUGAAAGUCAAUUAUGAUAAUUGGUUUAGACUAUCGACGGCUAGACAACUGUGUUGUCGUCUAAAGUUUUUUUGA